UUUUUUUUUUUUUUUUGAGAUGGAGUCUGGCUAUGUUGCCCAAGCUAGCCUGGAAUUCCUGGCCUCAAGCCAUCCCCCAUCCUCCUAUCUCAGCUUCCCAAGGCGCUGGGAUUACAGACAUGAGCCACUGUGCCUGGCUGUGAUAGUUCUUAUUAAAAGGCUAAGAUGUUUCAAAUGCUAACAAAUACAUAAGUAAUUUCUGCUGACUUUUGUCCUUUCAUCACUGGCAAUAAAGUACAUCCCAGAAUAUUAAGCUUAGAUAAUGCUAGUGAAACUUUCAUAAAAGAAUGCCUUCUGAAUACAAAGCCAUGCAGAACUUCUUAAAAACCCUAACCAAAAAAGCAUAAAAACACCCCAACUAAAGACCACUUUUGUUAAUAAAUGUAAAGCUCAAAUAGUCAUACCUCAUAAUUUAGCCAAGGAUAACUGAACUUUUGAAAUGUCAGAGUUUUACCAUAUUGCAUUGUUUUCUUUUUUUUUUUUUAUUACUGAUCAGAUUAGUUUCUCUUCUGCCAGUGAAAAAUCCGAAAGAAAUCUGAAUAAUCAACGCAAUAUUCAGUUCCAAAACCUAUUUACGGAAAUCUAUUAGGGCAAUUCAUUAAUGUCCAGAAAUACAUUUUUCCCACCAUCUAUCAUUUUCAGAACAAAUUCUGAAGAUCAAGGUUCCUGGCCAAUGAAAAGCAGGUGUCUAGAGAAAAUAAGACAGAUUUCUAGACCCCGCAAAGUUGAAAGACCGACUGCUUGGCAUUCUGAAGAUUGGUUAUAACAGCCUGCAAACAUCCUCUCAUUAUUUUAAUCUCAUACUCUAUAAAAUACUUUUGGAUCCUUUGCCAGCAAGAUAAAAACAAAUUAAACAAAAGGGCCAAUAUGCACAAAAUAUCUUAUUCUGGAAGCACCACUGCUGACAGCUUCCGAAAAAAUAAAAUAAAGUGGAACUUUCAAAAAAACUUUCCAAAUAGCAGACAGUAUUACCAAGAAAGAGUCAAAAACUAAAAACGGCAUAACAGUCAGCAAAUACAGGAGUGUGGCUCUCCUCAUGGCUCUUAUAAUUCUUUUCUCACAACAUUCUUACAGUUUCUAUCACGUUCUGUAAGUAUACAGUUAUUUGUCCGUUACAUUGCAAGCCGAAACUCAGAGUAAGCUUGACCUGGAGCUCUAAUCAGUAGAAAUCACACACACAGAGAGACACACAUACACACACACUCUCUCUCUCUUUCUCUUUUGGCCCUAAACCAAAAUACUAGGAUAUAAAUGUACCAAAAUCAUUUAAGUUAAAACAAAAUGUUUCUCUAUCUAUCUCCCCACCCUCCACCAAUAUACAUGUAAUUUUUACGAGUUCAAUAAGAUGGUUUUUUUUGCCUGUGCUUACAUUACAUAGUUGCAGGGAACAUAAGAAAUGGCUUAUAAAGUAGGAGAACUAAUGUAACCAAUGCUAUGGGAAACAGGGUAAAGAAGGAUAUAGAGAAGGGACUACUUCAGCUGAGCAGACAGACAGUCCUGGGUAAAGGCACUGAAGAUACAAGAACAAUGUGGACAAAGGCCCAUAGGCCAAGUAGAAUGGUUUAUUGAAGGAACAUCAACAGAACAAGGGGUUCCAACAGAGAACAGCAGCAACAGAGACCAAGGAAAUAGGUAAAGUCUGGGUCCUCAAAGGCUUAUAACGCAGCACAUAGAAGGUAAACUAAGAGAAAAUGGAGCAAACAAGACUCUAAGCAGCAAAAUAUAAUAACUGGACAAGCAUCUUCAAAGGUCAUUGUAGCAGUGGCAGUAGGGUGAUUUGGGGGUAUGAAGAAUGACAGACUUAAAGAAAGUAACUUCCAAAGUCCAAGCAAGAAAUGAGAGAGCCUAGGACUAAGUGAGAAGAGACAAAAAUGAAAACAUGAUGAAGGCAGAAUCAACAAGACUUACCCACCACGUCCUUAGCUAUAUGAGUCUAGCGAAGAGAAGGAAUACAGAGUAACUGGUGUGUUGCUUUAGUGGCUCUGUAGCUCACAAAUUAUUUUCCCAGUUAACUUUAAAGAAGAAAAAGCAAGAUUGGCAGAAGAAGAAGUCAAUUCAGAUUAUUUUGAGUUUAAGCAGCCUGUAGGACAGAAAACAGAAAUGCCAAAUCAUUAGCUGAAUACGCAUAACUGGAUUUGAGGAGAAAUGUCUGAUCUGAGUUGGAGACUGGUGACCUAAUCCUUUAUAUUUGAAGCCGUGGGAGUGGAUGUUAUUAAUGAGAAAGACCAGGGAAGGGCAACCAAAAAAAAGUCAAGGGCAGAACCCAGAAUCACACCCACUUUUCAGAAACAGUCAGACAGGAGAACAACAAGAGGAUACUAACAAGGAAAGGUCUGCAAGAUGGAAGCAAGUUUAGGCCAGUGGGACUUCAGAAACUGCAAGGUCAGAAGGAUUUGUUAACCCAAAAGUAUCUGAGACAGGUCUCAAUUUAGAAAGAGUAUUUUCCCAAGCUUAGGAAUGCGUCCCUGACAUAGCCUCAGGCAGUCCUGAUGACAUGUGCCCAAAAUAGUCGGGAUACAACUUACUCUCACACAUUUUAGGGAGGCAUAACACAUCAAUCAAUACACGUAAGAUCGGUUGGAUCUGGAAAGGCAAACAACUAGAAGUGGGUGAGAAGUGGCUUCCAGGUCAUAGGUAGAUUUAAAGAUUUUCUGAUUGGCAAUUGGUUAUUAUCUAAAGACCUAGAAACAAUAGAAACAAAUGUCUGGGUUGCAAUAAGAGCUUGUGGAUACCAAAUAUGAUCGUGGAGAUGAAGCCUCUAAGUGGCAAAUUUCAGAGAGAAUAGAUUGUAAAUGUUUCUUAUCAGACUUAAGGUCUGUGUUGAUGUUGGUGCUGGCUGGCUUUUCCUGAAUUCCAAAAGGAAGAAGGGCAUAAUGAGGCAUGUUGGACCCCCCUUCCCAUCAUGGCCUGAACCAGUUUCUCAGGUUAACCUUGGCAGAGAGGAGGGGUCCAUUCAGAUGAUUUGGAGGAUUGGAAUUUUAUUUUUGGUUUACAGUUUCAAGGAGAAGCAGGACAAUCAUGUCAGAGAGCUUCAGUGAGGCUGAAAAUGCUCCACCAGAUUCAGCAGUCUUUAAGCUAUCAGAAUCCUUUGGCAGGGUAGGGGCUUGGAGGGGUGAGGGUAGAGGGAUGGAGAGGAGAGAAAAGGACAGGCAAAGGGGCACAGAUAUCUCCAUCAGGGAGUGAGCAUGCCCCACACAAAUUCCUUAAGGCAACCUGUGAGGCUAUCGCCUUGGCACAAACCCUAUCACAUGUCAGUCAACUUCCCGGCAAGUCGCAGAUCUUUAGAAACCUUGGUGUGUAUUUCCCUGCUCGGCUUAGGACGCACCCCUGCCUCCACUCCACAAACGUCCAUUGAGUCCUCAAAAACCCGGACAAAUGACCUCACCUCCAAAGCCCCCUCUCUGACGCUCCCAGGAAAAACGAAAGCACCUCAGUUUGUUUUGUCCGUACCUUACACGGCUUUGUAAUUAUCUGUGGUGCCUCUGGCUCAAAUCAAAGCGGGAGCCAGACCCAAAAAGUCAAGGAAGGGAAGCGCCUUCACAGGCCUCGCGUGAGGAGAAAAGAACUACAAUUCCCAUGAGGCGGUGGGUCCAAGGGACCACAAGUCCCAGCAUCCACUGCGCGGCCCAGGCCUGUCAGGGUAGUAGGCGCUGCGUGAGGCGGGUAAAUGUUCGCGGAAGCGGCGAAGAAGACAGGGCCUUGUGGGAUGGCGGAGUUUAAGGAGAAGCCUGAGGCCCCGACUGAGCAGCUGGAUGUCGCGUGCGGCCAGGAAAACUUGCCGGUGGGCGCGUGGCCCCCGGGGGCCGCGCCGGCGCCCUUCCAGUACACUCCUGAUCAUGUAGUUGGACCUGGAGCAGACAUUGAUCCCACUCAAAUAACCUUUCCCGGAUGCAUUUGUGUCAAAACUCCCUGCCUCCCUGGCACUUGCUCCUGUCUCCGCCAUAGAGAGAACUAUGAUGAUAACUCAUGCCUUAGAGAUAUAGGAUCUGGAGGAAAGUAUGCAGAGCCUGUUUUUGAAUGCAAUGUCCUGUGCCGAUGCAGUGACCACUGCAGAAACAGAGUGGUCCAGAAAGGUCUGCAGUUCCACUUCCAAGUGUUCAAGACGCAUAAAAAAGGCUGGGGACUUCGUACCUUGGAAUUUAUACCAAAAGGAAGGUUUGUCUGUGAAUAUGCUGGUGAGGUUUUAGGAUUCUCUGAGGUUCAGAGAAGAAUUCACUUACAAACAAAAUCUGACUCUAACUACAUUAUAGCCAUCAGGGAACAUGUUUAUACUGGGCAGGUAAUGGAAACAUUUGUUGACCCUACUUAUAUAGGAAAUAUUGGAAGAUUCCUUAAUCAUUCUUGUGAGCCAAACCUUUUGAUGAUUCCUGUCCGAAUUGACUCAAUGGUACCUAAGUUGGCACUUUUUGCAGCCAAAGAUAUUGUGCCAGAAGAAGAACUCUCUUAUGAUUAUUCAGGAAGAUAUCUUAAUCUAACAGGCAGUGAAGACAAAGAAAGGCUAGAUAAUGGGAAACUAAGAAAACCUUGUUACUGUGGUGCCAAAUCAUGUACUGCUUUCCUGCCUUUUGACGGUUCUCUGUACUGCCCCUUAGAAAAGUCGAACAUCAGUUGUGGAAAUGAGAAGGAACCCAGCAUGUGUGGCUCAGCCCCUUCUGUGUUCCCCUCCUGCAAGCGAUUGACCCUUGAGACUAUGAAAAUGAUGUUAGACAAAAAGCAAAUUCGAGCAAUUUUUUUAUUCGAGUUCAAAAUGGGUCGUAAAGCAGCAGAGACAACUCGCAACAUCAACAACGCAUUUGGCCCAGGAACUGCUAACGAACGUACAGUGCAGUGGUGGUUCAAGAAGUUUUGCAAAGGAGAUGAGAGCCUUGAAGAUGAGGAGCGUAGUGGCCGGCCAUCAGAAGUUGACAACGACCAACUGAGAGCAAUCAUCGAAGCUGAUCCUCUUACAACUACAAGAGAAGUUGCUGAAGAACUUAAUGUCAACCAUUCUACAGUCGUUCGGCAUUUGAAGCAAAUUGGAAAGGUGAAAAAGCUCGAUAAGUGGGUGCCUCAUGAGCUGACUGAAAAUCAAAAAAAUCGUCGUUUUGAAGUGUCAUCUUCUCUUAUUCUACGCAACCACAACGAACCAUUUCUCGAUCGGAUUGUGACGUGCGAUGAAAAGUGGAUUUUAUAUGACAACCGGCGACGAUCAGCUCAGUGGUUGGAUCAAGAAGCAGCUCCAAAGCACUUCUCAAAGCCAAUCUUGCACCCAAAAAAGAUCAUGGUCACUAUUUGGUGGUCUGCUGCUGGUGUGAUCCACUACAGCUUUCUGAAUCCCGGUGAAACCAUUACAUCUGAGAAGUAUGCUCAGGAAAUCGAUGAGAUGCACCAAAAACUGCAACACCUGCAGCUGGCAUUGGUCAACAGAAAGGGCCCAAUUCUUCUCCACGACAAUGCCCGACCGCAUGUUGCACAACCCACACUUCAAAAGUUGAAUGAAUUGGGCUAUGAAGUUUUGCCUCAUCCACCAUAUUCACCUGACCUCUUGCCAACCAACUACCACAUCUUCAAGCAUCUCAACAACUUUUUGCAGGGAAAACGCUUCCACAACCAGCAAGAUGCAGAAAAUGCUUUCCAAGAGUUUGUCAAAUCCCGAAGCACGGAUUUUUACGCUACAGGAAUAAACCAACUUAUUUCUCGUUGGCAAAAAUGUGUUGAUUGUAAUGGUUCCUAUUUUGAUUAAUAAAAAUGUGUUGAGCCUAGUUAUAAUGAUUUAAAAUUCACGGUCCAAAACCGCAAUUAGUUUUGCACCAACCCUAUAUCUUCAUAGAAUUGAAACAUAAAUUAAAAUUGCAUUUGAAGUAGAUUCCACAGACUUCAUUAAGAAUGUAGAAAUGUGGCCUGGCAUGGUGGCUUACAACUGUAAUCCCAGCACUUUGGGAGGCUGAGGUGGGCAGAUCACUUGAGUCUAAUAGUUCAGGACCAGCCUGGGCAACAUAGUGAGACCCCGACUCUAAUAAAAUAUUUUUUUUUUUUAAGAGUAGAAAUAUGUAUCUUGAAAAACAUUUUGGCCCAAGAAUAAUAACAAUCACACUUGAAGAACAAAGCUUUUCUUUAAAAAAAAUUUUUUUUUAAUUUUCAAAUUACUAUUCACAAAGUAUCAGUGAUAUUAGAUUUUGUUCUUGGCCAAAUGAAAAAUUUUGCCCUAAUUAAAAUGUAGUCAUGCUCCAGUGUGUUACCACUGAACAAAUCACUGAACCUUUCCAAAUGAAAGUUUCCUUAGUUGGGAAGAUUGAGUUAACACAUGCAAAGGGGUUAGAACAAUGCCUGAGUACAUAGAAAGUAUUCAAUAAAUGUAAAUUAUUAGUCUUGAGAACUGUCUGUAGCAUAUGACCCAAAGUUCUCCCUUCUAUUCAGGUGUAAUUAGGAUAUAAUGUCCUUCAAUGGCAGACUUAAAGGGGGAAAAAGUCACAAAGAGGUGACCAGAAGGGUUAGAGCUGAGCAAGAGAGGUUCGUGCCCUGAGCCCUGCGUUUUAGAGUCCCUAGGGUUACAUACAUAGGCACACAUGCAUAAAGAAGACAUGGAUACCAUAACCAGACGAAGACAUUACUAGGAAAGAAAAACAAUACCAAUAUCCCUUUUGAAUAUAGAGGCAAAAAAAAAAAAAGUACUAGCAAAUGAAAUUCAGCAAGAUGUAAAAAGAAUUAUACACCGUGAUCAAGUGGGAUUUAUCCCAGGAACGCAAGGUUGUUUUAACAUGAAAAUCAGUAAAUCCAGUCUGUUAAUGGGAUAAUUCACAAAAAAUAAAUAUAUAAUGAUUUCCAUAGACACAAAGCAUUUGACAAACUCCAACAGCCUUUCGUGAUAAAAGCAGUGAACAGACUAGAAGUAAACAGGAACUUCUUCAACCUGAGAAAGGACAUCUAUGAAGACCCACAGCUAACAUCAUACAUAAUGAUGAAAGACUGAAAGCUCUUAUCCUAAAUUAUGGAACAAGAAAAUGAUCUCCAAGCUCACCACUUCUAUUCAGCAUUGUACUGGAGUUUCUAGCAAGGACAAUUAAGCAGGUAAGAA